ACUGAGCAUCGGUUUUCCGGAAACAGGCGAAACCCGGGCGCUCGCCUUCAACAUAAACAGCAAUGGCGGAGGCAGCGGCAGCAUCGACAGCGGCCCCAGCAAUAUCGGGAAGCUGGACUAAAAACGUAACCUGCAGGUAUUUCAUGCAUGGUCUUUGCAAAGAAGGGAACAACUGUCGAUACUCUCAUGACCUCACCACCAGCAAGCCAGCCAUGAUUUGCAAGUUCUUUCAGAAAGGAAACUGUGCUUUUGGGGACCGUUGCAGGUUUGAACACACCAAACCAACCAAGCAAGACGACCUGACGGGCCCCAAGACGUCCCCGCUGCCGCCCUCCUCUGCCUCCUCUGCCCCUUCGCAGGCCAGCACCAGCGGCCCAGAGGCUUCACCCAGUGGGCCCAGUGGCCCCGCUGACGACCAGGACAAGAUGAACGUCUCUGGUGCAGAGGACUGGGUCAACGCCGCCGAGUUUGUGCCGGGCCAGCCCUACUGUGGGAGAGCGGACCCUGCUGUUCCGGAGGGCUCAGAUCCUAUCAUCAUUGAAGAGGAGUAUGAGAAGGAGCAGGCCGACGCCGCGCUGAAGAAGACUCUCUGUCCGUACGCCGCCAUGGGCGAGUGCCGUUAUGGCCUCAACUGCGCCUAUCUCCAUGGCGACGUGUGCGACAUGUGCGGGCUGCAGGUGCUCCACCCCUCCGAUAAUGCUCAACGUUCACUGCACAUCAAGGCCUGCAUCGAGGCUCACGAGAAGGACAUGGAGCUGUCGUUCGCCAUCCAGCGCAGUAAGGACAUGAUGUGCGGCGUGUGCAUGGAGGUGGUGUUCGAGAAGACCAACCCCAGCGAGCGGCGCUUCGGCAUCCUGUCCAACUGCAGCCACUGCUACUGCCUCAAGUGCAUCCGCAAGUGGAGGAGCGCCAAGCAGUUUGAGAGCAAGAUCAUCAAGUCCUGCCCAGAAUGUCGAAUCACAUCCAACUUUGUCAUCCCUAGCGAGUACUGGGUGGAAGACAAAGAGGAGAAGCAGAAGCUCAUUCAGAAGUACAAGGAUGGCAUGGGGUGCAAGCCGUGUCGGUACUUUGACGAAGGCCGCGGCACGUGCCCGUUCGGGGCCAACUGCUUCUACAAGCACGCGUUUCCCGACGGGCGCUUGGAGGAGGCCCAGCCUCAGCAGCGACGCCAGACCGGCUCCAACGGGAGGAACCGGAACUCGCGGCGGACACCGCUCUGGGACCUCCUCGAUGAGCGGGAGAGCAGCGACUCCUUCGACAACGAAGACGAGGAGAUGGUGACCUUCGAGCUGAGCGAGAUGCUGCUGAUGCUCCUGGCGGCCGGGACGGACGACGAUGUCACAGACUCGGAGGACGAGUGGGACUUGUUUCACGAGGAGCUGGACGAUUACUACGAGCUCUAUCUAUAGCCCACCACCGCCCCACCCCCCCCUCCCCCCACCACAGUCACUAUAAUAUCGCUUUCCUAAUUCUCACCCUUACUAGACCUUAGAAUGGACUGUCUCGUGAGUGUGUUGGACAGUAGCUUCUUUCCCUUGUGUGUGGCAGUGCCUUCAAGCAGGCCAUUAAAACAUGAUGAAUUCAAUUCAGGAAUGAGGUGAAAGUAACUUGAUGGGGGGAAAAAAGAAACAAAACACAACAGACAAAAAGACAAAACAGACGGAACGCAGGUCCGUGCACUUGUGCUAAACAUUUUCUGAGAAAACAAGCUCUCCAUUCUGUGAGUCUGUCCCUUGUUCCGUUUCUGUGGAAAACAAAUAUAAAAGCAAAAAAAAACAAAAAAACAACAACAACAAAAAAAAAAAACACACAGUGAUGAAAUUUGAACAAUAUCACUAAUAAACCUUGUUGACUUUACUCUCAUGAGUGAGUUUCACUUGUUUAUCAUCGACCCAGGUGUUUUUUUGUUUGUCUUUUCUUUUUUUAAGAAAAAGAAAAAAAAAAGACUUUUCUGACUCGUAGAGAAUGCAGAAGCUCUACGUGACUUCACUGUAUCCGGUGGCGUAUGUGGUUGUUCUGGAUUACUCCUCUGGUCAUGCACUGACUGUUGGCUGGACGGUAGCAUUAAGCUUCCUGAUGGUCAAAUCGCACAAAUGCACUCUUAAUAAGAAAAGAAGAAAAAAGGUUCAUAGAGACUGGUCAGGUCAUUGAAUGAUAUAAUAUUAUCUCCAGGUUUCCCCCUUCCCUUCUUUUGUCAAUCGACCUGGGUGUCGUCUCUCUCUUCUUUUUUUUUUUUUUUUUUUUUCUGUCCAAGAAUUGUUCCCCCUCAGGAACACCUGUGGUAGCAAGUCCCUCCUAAGAUAUACCUUUGUGAUUUGGACUCCACUCCGAAGACUUAAAUGCAUUACAGGAUGAAGCCGAAUGUUUUAUCAGAUCAACUGGCUAUUACUGUAGUUUUUUUUUUUUUUUUUUCUGCUUCAGAAACUAUUGCAUAUUAAGACCGGCUGGCGGAAGCCAAUCCACAAAUACCCAAUUGUUUUUCAGUUCUUGUUGAACUUGGUUGAAAUGCAUAUGUUUAUAAUGAUAUGUGCUUGUUUUCUAUGGUCCAGACACCAUCAACAUAACUUGAAAAUAAAGUUUAUUAUCAAACUAA